GCACAAUUUCCUGGCUGAACAUAUCAGUGUGAUACUUAAAGAGAGCAACUCCUGACUGUCACAGGCACUGGAUGGACGGGCCAAGAUGACAGCCCAGGAGGACUAAUCCUUUCCUUUGGCAUCCUCCCAACACCAUGAGAGAAAGAGGCUGACACAGCCAGCAUACUACAGAGAACAUUUCCUUUUUAUUGCCCUAAACUAAUCCCAAGUGCCAGGAAGAUGGAGCCACGCUUGCUGACAUGGGGAUUAUUCACAUUCAUCAUGGUACCCGGCUGCAUGACAGAGGACUGUGAUCAGGACCCACCAAGCAUCAGCUACGCCACAUUCAAAGCCCUCACCUACAAGAAUGGCACCAUGGUAAUCUGUGAUUGCAAGAAAGGUUUCCGCAGGAUAAAAAAUGGGUCAAUGUAUCUGCUUUGUAAAGGAAAUUCUUCCUGGGCCAACAAAUGUCAAUGUGCAAGCACUUCCCAUAAUGCAAGAGAACGAGUUACACCUCAACCUGAAGAACACAAAGGAAAAAACACCAUAGAAGUGCAAAGUCAGAUACAGCCUAUGGACACAAUAAACCUUCCAGGUGACUGCAGGGAGCCCGCUCCAUGGAAACAUGAAGCUGCAAAGAGAACUUAUCAUUUCAAGGUGGGGCAGACAGUCCACUACCAAUGCAUCCAGGGAUACAAGGCCAUCCAGAGAGGUCCUGCCAUAAGCGUCUGCAAAAUGACCUGUGGAGAGGCAAAGUGGACCCAGCCCCAGCUCACAUGCAUAGCUGAAAAUGAGCUCCAUUCGUCUGCAGGUCAGGAAGAUUCUCUGGAAAGCACAGAUGCCCUUCCUGAAAGUGAGACUUCCUGCCCCAUCACCACAACAGAGUCUGCAAAAGAGAUGGAAACAUCUGUCACCGUGGAGAUGCCCAUAUUUCCAAGCGAGUAUCACAUAGCAAUGGCCGGCUGUAUUUUUCUGCUGAUCAGCGUCCUCCUUCUGAGUGGCCUCACCUGGCAGUGGAGAUGGAAGAAGAACAGAAGAGCCAUCUAGAAAACCAACAGUGGGAAGAAGCCAAGAACAGCUAAGAGGAGUCAUGAAGCACAAGCAACACCAGGAAGUAAUACACUUACCCAACAGAUAUCUCUUGUGACCUCUUAGGUCUUAGAAAUCUCUGAAGUCACCUCGCAGCAAUUCAUCCUUUAGCCAGUCUGUAACAUCAAAGACUGAGUUCCAGCCUCUUCCAAACAGCAAGCCCGAGGUCUUUCAAGGGAAAAUGGAGGAAAAACCAGAACACUCAGUCUUAUUUUUGUAUAUGAGUUGAUGAAAGCUAGAAUGGUAUGGGACUCUACACCACACACAAUAUAAAGAAAAGUUAUGUGGACUUCACUCCAACUUCCCAUCUUGGAAACCCCAAGGGAAGACCAGCACUAAUGUAAAUAUACUCCCCCUUCCCUCCACCUGCCCCAAGUUCCUGGAGCUUGUCCAGGUGAUGGUUCUUUUCCCAGGCUCUGGCUGACUGCUCCAUUCUCUUGUUUAUAUCACCUACAGAACAUCUUCUCAGAACUCUGGGCUGAUAACAAGGAUGAUUUUCUUAAAAGUUUGGUCCUAUAAAGACCUUCUACUGUGGCUUUAUUUUUUAUUUCGCAAAGAACAGAAGCUAUGGCAGAGUAAUUUGGGGGUAACACUAAAACAGAGCAGCCAAGCCCUGGGAACUGUACAGAAUCAAUAUUUGAAAGAGUUUCACUGGAGUCAUUGUCAGAAACAGAAGUAUAAACCAGGUCCUGGGUCAUGAAUUAUGCUUAUUGAAAUGUUUUGCCUGUACAUUGGGCUUCUUUAUAAGAAUUUUCAUCUUUGGGAUGACUGUAAGUUAAACUUCGACUCAGACCUGCACUAAUAUGAUGCUUACAGGUAGAUACACAAUGCGCAAAUGUGUGCUUUCUCAGUAUUUGUCAUAGAGACAGUGAAAAGGGAACAGUACUUUCAAUGCCUACGGAAGGAAUGAAAAAAGGAUGAAGAUGAUGGAGAGAUUAUACUGAUAAAGUUUAAUUUUGGAAACUUUGAUAAAGAUAUCCCAAUGUCCUGAAAUGUUACCAAAAAGCUCGGCAAACCAGAGUUACCUGGAAGCCUUUUUAAAACACAGAUUAUUUUUGACCCAUCUCAAAGUGUUUGACUCAUUGGAUGUGGCAUUUACAUCUCUAGCACGUUCCCAGGUGAAACUGAUCAUCCUGAUCUGCAGAACACACUUUGAGAAUCCCUGAGUUUAUCCCGUGCACAUUCUACCCCCAACACAAAGAGCCUUUAGUGUUAAGCCUUUGAUGAAAUCUUGUGGGUAAGAUAUCGCCUGUCAACCCAGUUGGCUCAGGUAUUCAAAUUUAACACCUGAUGUUUAAACUAUGUGGCAGAUUUUAGCAGACUCUAGACACAGAUUAUCAUUUUCUGCCCUUUCUGUGACCAGCCAGGUACAAACCAGAGUUUCUCCAAAUAUACCCCCUUUCCCCAAAUAUGUUUUCUGAGAUUUGAGAGGACUCAGACUAUAGGAAAAAAAAUGUUUUACUUUCACUUGAGUAAAACUGAACAGUAUUGCCAUUACUCAAUUUGAGGGAGAAGAGGCUGCUACAUCAAAAAAUUCUUAUAUGUUAUUUACCUAUCUUUGCUCUCCAUCCUCUCACAAAUGUAUGGUGGAAUUUCCCAGAAACUACAUGAUAAAUGAUGGUGUAUGUCAUCAUUCUGAUGUUAUUAAUAAAUACUGUUUUUUAAAUUUCUUGG